ACCACAACUCCCAGAAGGCCCGGAGAACUACAACUCCCAGCAGGCCGCGCGGAGGACUUCCGGGCGCCGGGUUCCGGUCGGGCCGCUCGGCGGAGGAGAAGCCGGGAGUGACCAUGACGAAAUUGGCCCAGUGGCUUUGGGCCCUGGCGCUCCUGGGCUCCGCCUGGGCGGCCCUGACUGUGGGAGCUCUGGGCUUGGAGUUACCCUCGCCCUGCCGGGAGGUCCUGUGGCCACUGCCUGCCUACCUGCUGGUGGCCGCAGGCUGCUAUGCCUUGGGCACUGUGGGCUAUCGCGUGGCCACGUUUCACGACUGCGAGGACGCCGCCCUCGAGCUACAGAAUCACAUCCAGGAGGCCCGAGCGGACUUAAGGCGCAGGGGUCUGCGCUUCUGACACCUUAGCUCCCCAUCACCCAGCCCGACAGCCUCCCUCCCAUCCCCAUUAAAAAGCAAGUUUGUUUUCUAA